AUGUCAGGUCAAGGUCAAAGUCAAGAUGUUCAAGAACCUACGCCAGUAGAGAAUGCACAGAUAGAUGAGAGCGUGGAUGAUAAGAUUACAGCUCUACGCAGCCAAAGGAAGCAAUUACGUGGAAAGCUUACCCGCUCAAUCAACCGUGUUCAAACCAAUAUAAGAAAGGGUGAAACUGACUCUAAAAGAUCAAAAAGGGAACUUAAACAAAUAGUUCGUGAUUAUGAACAGUGCUCAUUUGCUCAUGGUGAAAUUUAUGAACUAACAGAUCCAAUUGAUCAUGGUCGACUUGAUCAAUGGGAGGCUGAACUGAACAAUGAUUUCUUUAUUAUUGACGAAAUAAUUAAUGAACAAUUAAAACCCAUUGCUGAUGAUUCAUCAACCCCGUCACAUGAUGGUGAGUCAAGUCAACAAUCUCCUAAUGGGAAGAUACAGUCAUCGCCUACCCCUAGUCGAGAUCAUAAAGUUCCUGUCGAGUCAAUUAAGCCCAGUUAG